UUUAGGUACGGCAAGGGAGGGUGGCAACUGAAUGCAGUUUGAAUUGUAUUUUUUUAUUUUUUGCCGACCGAUCUCAGGGGGAUGAGGGGGAUAAAUUAAACGAGUUGUUACAGACACGACUGAGUGCCGGGCGGUGAGGAGAGCCGACGUUGCCGCUUAGUCGCCUACCCGACGUUAAACUCAUCCCCCCACGCUAUGACAUCCCCUUCGGAGGGAUUUUAGGGUUUGUGAAUUUUUUCGUUUUUUUUUUUGGAGAGAAUUUCGAUAUUGAAGCUGAUUUUGAGUUUGUGGUUGACGUGAAUGAGCGUGAUGGUGAGUGAUUCGUGAUUGUGUACUGUGGGAUUUUGACUACGAGGGAGACAGGAUGAUACUGCCAACGUGUACCGGUGGAUGCUGCCGAUCAUGUCCUAGUUUUUGGUGGAUACCAAAAGCGCGCUAGGCCGAGUAAUGGCGUCGACGUGGCGGUGGGAGCAGCGAAAGCACUGCCAUAUCAUUCAACUGGAGCCUUUGUCACUCACAAAGGAAAAUAAAAGAAAGACUGUCGAAAAACGAAAACGACUGGGAAAUAUGCGAAAGCACGUGCUAAGUCUGAGGGACAGGAGUCGUGCACAACUGUAGCGACGGCCGUGUAAAUCGAGUGAACGUACCAGAAUUGCUGAGGCCAGAGGACAGAAGACAGAAAAAAAUUGUAGAUUUGGUGAAUUGACAAGUGGAAACGCUAAAUGGGGGGCACAAUGGGCCCAGAAUCAUCCACGGUAUACCCCUGAGCGAUGCAAGUAGUUGGGGCUGUGGCCCUGCUAGUGAGCAUGUGGCUCACUAGAGAAUGAAGAAGCAAAACGUCCGGACCCUAUCGUUGAUCGUCUGCACGUUCACCUACCUCCUCGUUGGCGCUGCAAUAUUUGACGUCCUCGAGUCCGAGACGGAGAAACGGCGCAAGGAAGCGUUGGAUGCCAUUGAACGUAUGGUUAUACGCAAAUACAACAUAAGCGAGGACGACUUCAAGAUCAUGGAAACUGUCGUGCUGAAGACGGAGCCCCACAAGGCUGGCCAACAGUGGAAAUUUGCCGGUGCUUUCUACUACGCAACUACGGUCCUCACAACAAUUGGUUACGGGCACUCGACGCCGAACACGAUAACCGGCAAGCUGUUCACGAUGUUCUACGCGAUAGUCGGUAUACCCCUGGGUCUCGUCAUGUUCCAAAGUAUAGGAGAACGAUUAAAUAAAUUCUCAUCCGUCGUUAUAAGAAAAGUCAAGCAACUGUUAAAUUGCAAAGACGUACAGGCCUCGGAGAUAAAUUUAAUAUUCGUCGUGACAUUUUUAUCGAGUCUGACGAUAACAGGCGGUGCAGCAGCAUUUUCACGCUACGAGGGCUGGUCAUACUUUGACUCAGUCUACUACUGCUUUAUAACACUAACGACCAUUGGUUUUGGUGACAUGGUGGCACUCCAGAAGGACAAUGCACUCGAGAACAAACCCGAGUACGUUGUCUUUGCACUGAUAUUCAUUCUUUUUGGUUUGGCCAUUGUUGCCGCAUCGUUGAAUCUACUGGUACUUAGAUUCGUCACGAUGAAUACGGAGGAUGAGAGGAGAGACGAGGCGGAGGCACUUCAGGCGGCUCAGGGAGCAGUGAGACUCGAGGGUGAUGUGAUAACUGCAAAUGGCUCGAUAUUAUCUGGCCAGAUGGGCAAUCAGGGUGAUACGAUAUCACUGUAUGACGAUGCAUCAGUAUGUAGUUGCAGGUGCAGUGGUUUUUACAGAAAAAGAAGGAGACCACGUUUUACAGUACGUCGUUCACCCGGUAAAAUAUCACAUCUGCUGCCGAUGCAGCAGUUUCCGGCCUCUAGUUACAGGGAGGAUAUACGUCCACCACCCCUCACACCACUUCUACAACUGCCGACUAUAUAUCAACACAGAGCCAGCAUCUGACGUCCACCAUCGGUCAAAACUCUUCCCAUACAUGCUCAUGAGUUUAUUCAGUACCAGGCGCGACGUGCCUCCGUGUAAAAUUCGUAGUAACACUUUUACUUUUGUUCAUUCGAGUCAACAGUUUAACAAUAAAAAUCCCAGGGGGAAAAAUCCUCUCAAGACCGAGUUUUUUCUGAAGAGUUUGAUUUUUCAAAUUAGUAUGGGAUUUUUUUUUAGCGACAUUUUUUUUUUUCAUCCACAAGAAAUGUUAUUAUGAAAAUUUUAUUUCGAAAAUUCAGCUACAAUAAAAGAAAAAAAAAAUUUUUCAAUCAUUCUGCAGAAUGAAAUAUUGAUGAUAACAUUCUACGUCUAAAAAAAUCGUACUUCUGAGAAAAAAUAGUAUUUAAACAAUUGUCCUAGUAUUAAAAAAAAAUAAUCUUGACGUGUGAUUUUUCUCCCCUGUCCGAACAAUCGUAAUCUUUAAUUUUCCGAAAGCCAAACAAAUUGUAAUUAAUCACGUGAAUUAAGGGUACGGUAAUGAACAAAUGAAACAAGUAUAGAUAAAUCAAUUGUGAUACGAAAAAAAAAAAUAAUAAUUCUAUAAAUAAUAUAAAAUGGAGCAAAUGCUUUUUGGGGGUUAGAAGAAGGGAAGUAGAAACGGAUCUGCUCUAAUCAGACAUACAUUCCGUUCUCACGAUUGAUAUUUAUUUUCGGAAUAAUGUGACUCAUUUCCGAGUUUUCACGUCAUUUUCCCCAGUUAAUAUUCAAUUUUCCCGAUAAUUAUAAUAAUUUCAUCAUUCCAGAGCUCAAACAUUAAACAAAAUCCGAUCCACAUAUUUUCGAAAAAAAAAAUAUAUAAAUCCCCCCCACCACAUCACCAUCACUGCGAGACUCAAUGAACCGAUAGAUUGGAAAUGAUAAUUCCUUGUACAAAACCGAUAAAAAGUAAUCGAAUGAGAUUUGAUGAUUUGGGGAGAAAGAUUAUAAAUAUGAUGGCGUGCAAGUGACCAUGUGUUCCAUAGCGCAAGAUUAUAUUUAAAGAGGCACACAGAUUAUAUAUAUAUAUACAUAUAUAUAUACAAGAAUAUAAAUAUUAUAAAUAAAAUGAAUAAACUAAUGAUAAAUUACGUUCAAACUUCAGAUAGUGGUGAAGAGAGGAGAGAAAAAAAAAAUGAUGACAAUUUUUUCAUUGAACAAAUUUUGCAAUUUGUAUAUAUAAAUUAAAUAUGAAUAUAUAAAUACAGGAUAGUUAUUAGGUGCUACGAAAACGAGUUGAGGCGAACCUCGUGCCUCCAUGUAAAUAUUAAAAAUAAAAUCAUUAAAAAAAAAACUAAUAAAUUGACGAGUAAAUUGAGUAAUUUAUAAUUACUGGGAACUAAUGAAGGCGACGAAUGAAUCUCAAAUUUUACACUCUCCCUAAUUUUAAGGUGAUUAUUAAAAUACAAUGAAGAAAUCACACGAGAGCAUGAGCGCAAUGAAAUGCGAAUAAUAAUGAAUUUAAAACAUUUGCUUCAGUGACAGUUUAAAAUCAUCUAUUGACGAACCAAUAACUAGAUCAUUGUAAUUGAAGGGGAAAAAAAUGGAGGUUUAGUAGAAAUGUUACAAUUAAUCUAUAAUCUUCCACUAUUUCUAAUCUCCGUCGACGAAGAAGAAAAAAAAAUCACUUAUUUAUCGAAUCUUUAUCUAUUGAUCAGACAAGUUGGAUUUUGGAAUUUUGGUAGUUGUGGGGUAGGUUCAGAGGGAUUGGCUGUAACGAUUAGUGCAUCUGAACGUGCUUUUGAAGAAGUUAAAACGGGUUGUAGAUUUAAUCGCUGGUGAAAUUUGAUUUUUUGGGGAAUAGGUACGCGUGAAUAACUAUUUAAUAUAAAGCUAGAAGUUCUCGACUUUAAAAAAAAGUUAAAUCGUUAUUUAUAAUGGAGAUGAAUUUUAUUUCGAUUGGAAAUUAUUUUUGAAGAAAAUUGUUGUUAUAGAAAAUUUAAUUUUCUAAAAAAAAAUAUUAUUCUUGAUAUUUUAUUUUAAAAUGAUUCACCAUCGAGAUGUGAGUAAUUAAUUAAUUAUGUUACACUUCAGAACUUCAGAAUCGAUCUGUUAAUUAUUAUAGCAAGAUAUUGUUACGCAAAAUCUAAUUUUUUACAUGAAAACAAAUUUAACGUUCCACCAGAGGUGUGAAUUUAUAUUUAAAAAAUUAUUAUUAACGGGAACCGCGUUGACGCUACGUUCUACAUCUUCAGAAUGUAAUAAUUUCAAUUUUCAAAGGAUUCACUCUAUUUUUAUUUAUCAAUUAUUAGGUAACAAUACGUAACAAUAAAUUGAAAGAAAUCACGGAAUUAUUUUCCAAUUCCCCUGUUCCCCAGAAAGGCAAUUUCCGCGAUGAUGAAUUCAGAUGAAAAAAAAAACCAUAGCUUAUUAAUUAAUCCACCGUCGGAUAAAAUACACAGGGGUAUACGACGGAGCUUUAGUUAGAAAUGGGACGCAAUUAGUGAUAUGGGGGGGAAGGGUGAUGUGCUUUUGCUGGUUUUAAACGAGUACAAAUGGCCAUAAGUAAUGAGACACGAGGUGUUUUGAAGAGGAAUAUACUGUACAACACUGGAAGUGGGAUUAAUUGAAAUUUUGAUUGUAAAUUGAAAAUCGUAAUGUACAUAUUUAUAAUGAAUGAGAUGAUAAAUGAAUGAGCGUGAGAGAGAUACUUAAUGAGAUGGUUGAGGGAAAUAAGGAGAUGAAUAUUUCGUCAUCAUUUGUUGUUACUUUCGUUGUAUUCAAUGGGUAAAAUAAUUCAGUCGCAUUAUCAUCGUCCUCGGCUUUAUAUCAUCUCCUCAUUGCGCUCAAUGAGUAAUAAUUAAUUUGGUGAUUUUACGAAUUAUGGAUAUGGCCUUCGUAAUGUCAUGUCGCUGACAAAACCAGCCAAACAUUAAUUAGAUAUCCUUGCACAGUAUAUGCACGCAUAUUUUUAUCUCUUAUUAAUUAUUCAUCUUCUUCUUCAAACUAUUAUAUCCACCAACUCUUGUUCUUCGAGACUCACAUGACGAGGGGUGAAAAUAAAAAUUUAUGAGAGAGACAAAGAGUUGGAUAAUUGUAAAAAGAUUUUUUUUUCUGUACGGGAGAAACAAAUCUUGGAAAUACAGCGGUUCAUUAAGGAUAUUCAGGCGUCUUUCAGUUGUAUAUAUAUUUUAUUUGUCAAUUAAAUUGAUAAAGAAAUAUUUGGAAUAAUCAGAAAUUUUGUGCAUCAUUCAAAGUGCAAUUUUCUCAAAAUUAGGAAAGUUCAGUUUAAGUAAAUUUAAUAGGAAUGAAUAAAUUUAUUGCAAUUGCAAAUUAUAUUAUGAUGAAAUGUUUGGAAAUUUAGGGUCAAAAGUGGCUGAAGCGGGAGAAAAGCAUUUCAGUGGAGGGGAAAAAAAAAAACUUGAAUAUCCUUAAUAUAUCGAUACGAAUUUUCAUUCCAUCGUCGAUUGAUGUUUUUUAUCAUUUUAGCUGGCUAAAACGUGACGUGGAAACUAAUAAUAUCGAUGAAAAUGAGAUAACCUGAUGAUUCAUUAAUAUUAAUUAAUAAUUGUACGAGUUGCCAACGAAUUUUAGACCAAAUAAAAAUCAUUGAAUUUUACGAAAGUGUUGAAACAUUCCAGUGUCGACGGCAAGUGAAAAGGAGCGGAAUAAAUGAUCGAACAAAGAAUAACUAAAAUCGAAGAAAUCAAUUUAAACAAAUUGUCUGAUUUAUUUCACUAUCACUGCAGACAGCCCCAGACUAAUUGAUUUUCCACAAAUUAGAACUCAUGAAAAAAGCUCCCACGUACUUCUGUAAAUUGAAUAUAUUUUUUUCCUCGAAAUUUAGAUAAAUAAAAAAAUUAAUAAAUCCUCAA